GUUUGGUUUUCGAGAAAGUGCCAUUGCUCGGGAAAGUUUUAACUCUUAUUUUCUUUUUCUCGAGAAAAAACCCUAACCAUUGUACUGAUUCCCCAAAUGAAGCCUCACAGUUCCCCUCUCUUAUCGUCUUAGCGGCUAAGAUCCCUCUUCCGGCGAUCCUCCGGUCGCCGAUCCAACCGGUGUCACCACUUUCCCACAUCUUUCUCAUUUCCUCCAGUAUCAGUAAAUGGACCACUAUGACUUUCAAGCACAGAGAAGGGAGAUUAAGCAUAAAGGAAGAAAUGUUGUUUGGUCUAUUGCCAUGGACAAGUGCCUUAUUGAAGCUCUUGCUAUUCAGGCUAGAAAUGGAAAUAAAAUAGACAAAUGUUUUAACGAGAAUGCUUACACUGCUGCUUGUUUCGCUGUGAACUCUCACUUUAAUUUAAACUUGAACAAUCAAAAAGUUGUUAAUCGUCUUAAGACCAUCAAGAAAAGGUAUAAGGUAAUAAGGGAUAUGCUAAGUCAAGAUGGGUUCAGGUGGAAUCCCAGUACAAAGAUGAUUGAAUGUGACAGUGAAGAUCUUUGGAAGAGAUACAUUGCUGCGCAUCCUGAUGCAAAAGGCAUUCGGGGUAAGCAGAUUGAGAUGUAUGAUGAACUAAAAAUUGUUUGUGGAAAUUACCAAGCUCCUAGUCGCUGGGCUAAGAUGAAGGAUGGAGGUCAUGUAACAAAGAAUUUUGAAGAAGAUUCUCCUUCUUUCCUCUCACCAAGUUCAGAAGAUGCGAGUGAGACUGAUGGAACAGAAUCGUAUACUGGACCACCAGAUUGCGUGCCAGAUGGUAGUCAGGACCCUCCACUGAUCCAGCCUGUUAGACAACUUCCCAAAAGAGCCCGUGGAUCAGAAGCUCUUCAAGAUGCAAUGUUGGCAGUGGCAACAAGCAUUCGGCGUUUGGCUGAUGCAAUGGAGCAGAGCAAAACUGCAAUCAAUGCCUCAGAACUAUUACAGGCUGUGAUGGAGAUUGAUGGCUUAGAAGAGGCUAAACAAAUGUAUGCCUUUGAAUACCUGAAUGCUGACCCCAUUAAAGCCAGAGCCUUUAUGACGUACAAUGCACGAAUGAGGAAGAUUUAUUUGUUUCGACAGUUUUGGUGGUGGAAGUAAUAUUUUCAUGUAUAGUUUGCAAAAUUGUGAAAGGAUUGUUCCAUGAUGUUUGCACAUUAUACCUUAAUUGAUGUUUGGGGGUGAAUGUACAGAUACUAGAUGAUCUCAGGAUGAAAAUUUAGAGCUAGAAGCUGGUAUUGUAGAGACAUUGACCAGCCUCUUUACUUGCGUCUUUUCAGAGUGAAGAUUAGAUAGCACUUUGUGUAAGAUCAUCCCUUCUUGGUUUAUCAUUUUGAAGAGGUCAUAUGUUGCUUUUUGUUC